AUGCUCGGCUUCUUGCAAGCAGCCAGUCAGUCAGUCAGCCUGGCAGAUUCAAGCUGGAUAGGAUGCCCAAAAGUUGAUGAAUGUAAGGCAGAGGGAGGGAUGUCUGUGGUUCCUCCAGAUUCCCUUAGCCAACACCUGGAGGGGCUCAAACUUUUUGGAAACAAAGAUCAAGUAGAAGCUGAAGAAGAAAUCUUCAAGAGCCUAAACAUGGUGCUGCAAGCUGUAACUGGAGACCAACAACUAUCAGGGAAGCUCCUCCAAGCCAGUGGGAUUUUUACCACGUUGGGCCAGAUUUUGACAAGUCAUCCGAGAUGUGCGGUGCCUGUUACACAAGUCCUGGCAGAAUUGGCUAAGAAUGAGGAGCUCAAACAGCCCUGCAUUGAUGCUGGCCUGAUAACUACCCUGCUGCCUCUUCUGAAGAGCUCUGACCAAGACCUGCUGCUCCAUGCCGGAAGAGCCAUUGGGCGCAUCUGUUAUGGAAACAAUGCCCUGAAGUUACAGUUGGUGGAAGCAGAUGUUCAGAGUGCCCUUGUGGAGCUGCUGCAGAAAGCCCAGGACAACCCAGAGCUCGAGGCCAUCGGCAUCCUGAAGACCAUCUCUGACCUUGUCAUCUCUCUGCUCCUGGGAGAUGAGUCCAUGCAGAAACUGUUUGCUAAUGGAACUGGCCUCAUCUACCAGAAGAUCAGUAACUGGCUUAUGUCCCAGAAUGCCCAGCUGCAGCUGACUGGUGCCCUGGCUGUGGCCAACUUUGCCAGGAAUGACAACAAUUGCGUGAAGAUGGUACAGCUGGGUAUAGUGCACCAGCUCCUGGAUGUCCUGGAAAAGCACGUGGAAGAGGGUGAUGUGACGGUGCAACACGCAGCCCUCAGCGCCCUCCGGAACCUCGCCAUCCCUGUGAUCAACAAAGUGCAGAUGCUGGAAGAAGGUGUGGCUGAGCGUAUCCAGAUGUUGCUGAGGUCUGAGAUGCCCCCAGUGCAAUUUAAACUCCUGGGAACACUUCGAAUGUUGCUGGAUGGCCAAGUGGAAGCCGCAGAAAUCCUUGGGCAGGACCCAGCUCUGCUGAACCGACUAGUACAGUGGUGUGAGGCCAAGGAGCACGCAGGUGUCCAAGGGGAAGCCAACCGCCUGCUAGCUUCAUUGCUGAGGCACAGCAAGUCCCAGGAAGUAGUGAGGGCCAUUCAGGAAGCCCGGGGAAUGAAACACCUCGUUUCCAUGACAACCAGUGAGCACGCUAUCAUGCAGAAUGAAGCUCUGAUAGCACUGGCCAUCGCAUCGGCUGUUAAUUUAGAAAUUAUCAAAGAUGCAUUUAAAGAAUCCCAAUUGGUAUCAAAUUUACAGAAGCUCCUUGAAGAUGAAAUGACAAGCCCAGAAGUGAAGUAUAAGUCCUUGGGCCUCUUGUGCAGCCUCCUGGGUUCAGGUGACUUGAGGAAGCAAGUAGAAGAAGCCAAAAUCCAAGACACACUAGAGAACCUCUGCAACCACAGCAAUGCCAACGUGGUCAAACAGGCCAUCGCUGCCCUUCAGAUCCUGAAAAGUGAUACCCAGGACUCGGGUCUCUUUUUCCCCUAA